AUGGUAGAUUCAAAAUCAAGAAGCCGCAAGUUGCAGGUUCGUCGCAAGAAAAAGUCACUAUUUAUUUUCAAUAAUCUGACGGACGAACUCCUUAAUGAAGUCCUCAUCAGACUAACAAGCAUCAAAGAAGCAAUUCGUUGCAAAUUGGUUUGCAAACGCUGGCUUUCUCCAAUCUCCUCUGAUUACUUCGCGACAACCUCUUCCGUUCACAAUCGCAAUAAUGAUAAAACUACGCUCCCCUUUACUGUUGUUUUAUAUAAUCGAAAAAACUACGUAGGAUAUGAAGAGUUUUUGCAUGGUAAGGGUUUAUCAAGGCGUGUGGAAUUAGGGUUUCUCAACGCAGGUCGGCCCGAUGAUCAUUUAAUUAGUCUAGAAGCAUCAUGUGGUGACUUAAUAUUAUUCUCUGGUGGAAGUAAAUACUCUGUUGUGAAUUACUGCAUCUGUAACAUUCUCACUAAGCAAUGGAUUGUUCUUCCUCCAACUCUGUCAACAAAAGGGAUUUUUGGUGAGAGUGUUGGGUUCUUGUAUGAGCCUUUGGAUAAUGAUGAUCGGCGCAAUAAGUAUCUGGUGUUACGAUUUAUUCCUUGUGAUUCAAGGAAUUUAAGGUUUGAUGUCGAGAUAUUUUCGUCUGAUAAGGGAAAAUGGACCAAAUUUGUUGCUAUGUCUCCAUGGAUUUUGAAUAAUCUGAGUUUUAAGACUCCGGUUAUUGCUUGUGGACGGAUGUUAUAUACAUUGAAUUAUGGAAUUAGUGCUACGCGUAAUUGUAUUGUCGCGUUUGAUCCAUUCACUAAUGAUCCUGAUGCUCAACUUCUACGCGUUCUUGAUUUACCACUUAAGGUUCACGACAUUCUUUGGUCUGGCAAUUUGGGAGUGUGUCGAGGUCGUCUACUGUUUGCUCAAAUAAGUUUGGAAUCAAUUGGAUGCCCCUGUAUAAGUGUAUGGAAGCUUGAGGAUUACAAAACGGGGGAAUGGACAUUGGUGUACAAGAGAGUCCCUACAAACAAGGCGUUAAGAGUCCUCUCACUUCAGUCGUGA